AAAGUUACACAGGAGUGGCAUCAAAUGACAAGUCGUACGUUAUUGGUUGGAAGUUAGAUUGAGUAGACAUGAAAUUUAAGGAUCAGAGUGGAUAGAAACAUAAAACAACCACGUGGAAGGAGCUGUCAAGAAGACUACUAGAAACCCAAUAAGCAGCCACUACUGGUAGUAUAGUAUUCAAUUUGCAGACUGUGAUUUUCGUUUCCAGCAAAAUGCCAGGCAAUUCUGGGUCACUUUCAUUUCAUCUUUCCUGCACAUUUUUGCCAGCCAGCCUAACAUCUAACUGCUAUCUCUCUCUCUCUCUCUCUCUCUUGGUGCCCACUUUCUUGAAUUGUUAAACAAUAUAAAUUUUAGGGUUCUUGAAUAUUGGGUCUUGAGUUGAGGCACACCCACUACACAAACUGCCCAAAGUUUUGUACUUUAUUGUAACCCAGGCUAGAAUUUCAGGAAGGCCAAUAAAUGCACUUGAAUUUCAUGACUUUUUUGCUGCAUUGUUUAUAGUAAUCAUGUUUGCAUUGAGAAUGUUGCUGUUUAGUCAAUAUCAGAGCCUUGGGGUUCUGAUAACCGAGGUUGAUUGGUUUCAAGAACAUAGACUGUGUGCAGAAUAGUCAGAGAUCAAGGGGUUUCAAGAUUGGAUCCAGCAAAAGUAGAUAUGAAAAGAAUAGGUACACAUGCUUAUUUCCUUGUUGUGUUUUGGUGUUUUUGGUUGUUUCAGUUUGAUAAGGUGUAUCCAAUUACUGAAAAGGAGAUCUUGCUUCAGUUCAAGGGUAACGUUUCGAAUGACCCUUAUAAUAGUUUGAGGUCCUGGGAUCCCAGUAAAAGCCCCUGUCAAGACUAUAGUGGUGUGUUCUGCAAUUCAGAUGGCAAUGUGGUGAAGAUUGUGCUUUGGAACACUAGCCUUGAGGGAGAGCUUUCUGCUGCAUUGUCGGGAUUGAAAUCCUUGCGCACGCUUACCUUGUAUGGUAAUCGAUUCACUGGUAACAUACCGAGUGCUUAUGGAGAGAUCAGUUCUUUAUGGAAGAUGAAUUUGAGCUCCAAUGCUUUAUCUGGAUCAAUCCCGGAAUUCAUUGGGGAUUUAACGAAUAUAAGGUUUCUCGAUUUGUCAAGAAACAGGUUCACCGGGGAGAUCCCUUCUGCUCUGUUCAAUCCCUGUAACAAAACAAGGUUCAUUUCGCUGUCACGCAAUAAUCUUUCUGGUGCAAUUCCUGCAUCCAUUGAGAACUGUCAGAGCCUAGAAGGUUUGGAUUUUUCUUUUAACAGUCUUACUGGCAGUUUCGUUUCGCAAAUAUGUGAUAUUCCUAGGUUAGUAUACUUAUCCUUGAGGAGAAACAUGAUAGCAGGAAGUGUUCAAGAACAACUUUCUUCUUGUCAAAGAUUGCAGUUUUUGGAUCUUGGCAGCAAUAUGUUUACUGGUUUCCCUCCAUUUGGAGUUCUUUCAUUGGAAAAUCUAACUUAUUUCAAUAUUUCAAGCAACAGCUUUCAACCUGGGGCUCUGAAUAUUGGCACUUGUAGUCAGAGAUUGGAGUUCCUGGAUGUUUCCAGGAAUGGUUUUUACGGGGAAAUUCCAUCGAAGAUUUCAAAAUGCAGUGCCCUGAAAUAUUUGGAUGUGGGAUACAACAAACUCAAUGGAACUAUACCACUUGAGCUUGUGGAUUUGAAAGGACUUCUGGUUUUCCGUUUGGCGAAUAAUUUGAUCACAGGAACAAUCCCAGCAGAGCUAGGAAGCAUUGAGUGGCUUCAAGUUCUGGAUUUGCAUAAUCUCAGGCUUGGUGGUGAAAUCCCAGAGGAGUUAAGCAACUGCAGAUUCCUUCUUGAUAUGGACAUUUCAGAAAAUUUUUUACAGGGAGAGAUUCCAGAGAAGUUAUACAACAUAUCAUACCUUGUAAAUCUUGACCUGCAUCAUAACCAGCUCAGUGGGAACAUUCCAACACCUAUUGGAAAUCUGUCAAACUUACAUUCUUUGGAUUUGUCAGAAAAUCAUCUAUCCGGGUUGAUUCCUUUUAGUUUGGGGAACUUGAAAAGCCUAAAGCAUUUCAAUGUUUCUUACAACAACUUAUCUGGAGAGAUCCCUUCAAUUGAAAGCAUCCAACAAUUUGGACCCUCAGCUUUCUUUCAUAAUAAUGGUCUCUGUGGUUCUCCACUAGACUCCUGCUUUGCUAGAAAGCCUAAGUUGAGUGCUUCAGCCAUUGUUGCCAUUGUGGCUGCAGCUGUAAUCCUCUCGGGUCUUAUUGUAGUCGCCAUAGUCAACACGAGGGCGAGGAGGACGAGGAGGAGGAGAAGAGAGGAGGUGAUGAUGAUUGUUGAGAGCACCUCGCUUGCUUCAACCGAUUUGAAUGUCAUUAUUGGAAAGCUGGUUCUCUUCACCACGAGUCUGCCUUCGAAGCAUGAGGACUGGAAGUCUGGCAAGGCGUUGCUCGAUAAGGAACGUGUGAUUGGUGGAGGAUCAAUUGGAACAGUGUACAGAACUAGCUUUGAAGGAGGAGUUUCCAUGGCUGUUAAGAGACUAAAGACCUUGAGAAGUCCCCGAAACCAAGAAGAGUUCGAGCACGAAAUUGGACAGUUAGGAAGCCUGCAACACCCUAAUCUGAUUUCUAUGCAAGGUUACUACUGGUCCUCUAGUAUGCAGUUAAUACUAUCCGAAUUCGCCCCAAAUGGGAACCUGUAUGAGAAUUUGCACCGAGUUAACUACCCUGGUUCUAGCAAUCCCGAAUUGAGUUGGCCGAGGAGGUUUAAGAUAGCAUUGGGGACAGCCCGAGCCUUAGCUUACCUUCACCAUGACUGCAAGCCUCAAGUGCUUCAUCUUAACGUCAAGUCCACUAACGUUCUCCUGGACAGAAACUACGAGGCUAAGUUGUCUGAUUACGGUUUGGUUAAAUUACUCCCUACCAAAUUUCACAACGCAGUUGGUUAUGUUGCACCCGAGUUAGCACAGAGUCUGAGAGUCAGCGAUAAGUGUGAUGUUUAUAGCUUCGGAGUGAUCCUAUUAGAGCUGGUUACAGGUAGGAAGCCCGUGGAGAGUCCAGUCAUGAAUGAGGUGGUGGUUUUGUGUGAAUACGUUAGGCGGUUGAUCGAGAGAGGCGCUGCUUCGGACUGUUUCGAUAGAGGUCUAUUUGGUUUUGUAGAAAAUGAGUUGAUUCAGGUAAUGAAGUUGGGCUUGAUUUGUACUUGUGAAGUGCCUUCAAGGAGACCAAACAUGGCUGAAGUGGUUCAGGUUCUUGAAUCCAUCAGAAAUGGCUCAGAAUCAUAGUUUUUAGGUUUAUUUAUCACUUUUUGAAAUUCUGAAAAAAAAAAGCCAAAUUUUCUCUUGUAACUAGCUAGAGGAAAGUGUAUUGUUCAUCAAAUUUUCAUUCAAAAACCAACUGAAUGAAGAAAUGAAAAUACUAUUGCAUGAUAA